UCUCUCUCUCUCUCUCUCUCUCUCUCUCUCUCUUACGACUCCAUCUUCAACUCCAUCUCGUCAAGAAAGCAGCGACUGCAAUCGGCUAAACCGUCAGCUGACCUGCAGGGUCCUCUUCCACACGCUAGUCUGCAACAAUCUGCAAGCUUCUAGGACUGAGUAGCAUUGAUCUCGCUCUCUCUGACGUGCUUUCAUCGCGUGGUUCCACACAUCCCCUCCCCUCCUGUUGAAUGCAAAAGUGGACUCACUUUGGACCACUACCACUGCCGCUUCCAAUUUCGUCAACGUCUGUUGAGACCGCUCUUCGUGCCAAAAACCAUGGCGGACCAGUUUACCAGUCUUGUCGAUUCAGUCGGAGGCUUGUGCCUCGAUGGUGGGGCAACUAAACCGACCGCAUCAGGCUCCAACUUCUCGAACCCAACUCACCAACCUCUCGCGGAGGCACUUCGAACGCUGAUCCAAUCUUGCGAAGCUACAUCACCACACGCAGCACAUGUCGAGAAUGUGAUGGAAAGCACACAUACUCCUCCCAGCCAGGGCACUGUGAACAGACUAGUCUCCCUAAGAAGAAGAGCCACCGCUCUUGAAAGCGCCGCAAAGGCAUUCAGCGAUGCAACCGAACACUACAUCCUAGCUUAUAUUCUAUCGCUUGCUGGUCCAGGGACACGGGUGCGGAAAUUGCUAUCGCACUUUAUCGACGACAUAAUGAGCAUCGUUCGCGAGGCGCUAGAUAGCACCAGCGAUGGCGGCGACGUUCUGCGGGAGGCGCUCGAGAUGUGCUAUGCUCAAGCUGUGGACACCUCUGGAGUCCUACACUCAGACAACUACUUUGUUACCCUGGGCGAAGCCUAUCUUGCAUGGCCUUACGACCCUGAUUCUGAGAGCGACGACUACUACGAGCAUGAAAAUCGACUCGACGUCGACGAUGUCGAUGCCGCGGCGUUUCGUGCGCGGUACGAGCGCAGGGCCGAGGAGAAGCAACAGCAAGGGGAAGAAUGGAUCCGGCUCUGGGUUCGGGCGCUAGGUAAAUGCCCUGGUGGACCCACACUGUUCUAUAGACCUUCUUGCCGCCUUGCAGAUGUUCCGCGAUACCUGUUUAGAACGUUCGACAGCGAAAGCUCGGGCAGGAGUGACCACCGUGUCGUGGCUUCUGCGCAGAGUCUUGCCACGACGUCACAGCGCAGCAGAGUCGAUCUCCUCUUACGGACGAAAAAUGAAAUCGCAGAGAUGCUACAUGGUCAUUUGACGAAAACGUGUUUUGGAGGGCACGAUGUUGCUGACAACCUCAUGUCAUGGAGUAGCUCUUUACUAUUUGUGAUCCAAUAUGCGAUCUGGAGAUGCCAUUCACUCCAUCGGGACCCCACCGAAGUUGAAAUAUGCAUGAUCGACACGAGGAAGUUUCCUCGUGGGCAGUUCGCUCGGGACAAGUCGUUACUUCGGGCGUGUCGUGACGCUCCAAAUCUUGACGAAGAGACACGCCGCUUUUUUAGAUUUCGCCUCGAUCACGCAGAUUACGACAAUGGCGAGUAUCUGUCUCAGGGAGUUUUGCAUCACGCUGGGCGAUCAAGCGUGGUGUCCUUAGCACAGCUCAUCGGAGCGGGCUUACAUGACCUUUACCCUGAAUUUGCGGACCCUAGUGCGAUGGGUUUAUGGACAAAUCGUGUCAAGUCUCUUCGUUCACAGUGGAGCGUUGAGCAUACAACUACCCAGCUCGACAUACAAAGAGCACUUGAGAUGGCUAGAGCUUGCUUCGAGGGCUUUGAUGCGCCUGAUGUAGCUUUGCUACUGUUAUCGUUUAAAAGCCGCAAGCUUCGCGCCCUAGCGUCACAAAAAAUCUUCCCAUUUGGAUCAGGGCGUCGAAGAAAGUUGGAUGGCUUCGGCCCGGUUGAGGUUCAGCGAUACACGGUAAUCGCGAAAACAAUGAUGUCAGAAGGCGAAGUCUGUUUGCAUGCUUUAAGCUGGCCCGCCUCCGACAGCCAGCUUCUUGAGGGGAUUUACGAAUGCUCAGAGUGAGUCUUGUCAUUCGACUAGUACAGCUCCUUUUUUGGAAUAAUUUCAUAGAUCCUAGAGUUACAGACAGACAGAUAAUCAGCUAGGUCGGCAAUAGGUAGACAGCUAGAUAGGCAGUACAUAAACAACCCCAAAUCAAAUCAAAAAAUC